UUAACCUAACAUUACUGUCUAUUAAACCUAACCUCAAAAUUUAUCUAUUUAUUUUAGAGAUUUUGAAUUUAGAAUCAAGAAAUUUUUCAACCUCUAGGCUAAAAUAAUUAAAAAUGUUCAGCGCAAAUGUUUGUAAAUUCCGAUCCACAGUCCACUUAGCCCACUGUGCAAGAAAUUUCCACCUAUCCCAAGCAGUAUCUGAAAUUCAAAUGAUGACCAGACUUAGGGUCGUAGAUAAUAGUGCCAUCGGUAAACAGGCGAUGGCAGAAGGAAAACCACCCAAAUGCAUUCACGUAUACAAUAAAACUGGUAUUGGUAAAAUAGGUGACAAAGUUUUAGUGGCCAUAAAAGGAGAAAAGAAAAAAGGAAUUCUCGUAGGACUCAAGCAAAAUCAAAAAGCGAAAACACCAAAGUUUGAUAGUAAUAAUUUAGUUCUAAUAGACGACAAUGGAACCCCACUGGGAACCAGAAUCCACGUGCCAAUUCCUACGAUUUUGAGAACAAUUUUAAAAGAAAAGACCUUUUCGAAAGGAGCAGAUUACACGAAAGUUCUGGCAAUAGCUUCUAGAUUUGUAUAGGUUUGUUUGUUAAUAUAUUUUUAAAUUUUAA